GGGUAUUGGUAGCGGUGCGUGGCUGUGGCCGCCCCGUGGCCGUGUGCCCUCUUGGCUCGCAUCUCGACGCCCGCACGGCCCCCUGGCCCCCUGUUCUGGGGCCGCUCGCGACGCGUGGGGCACUCACAAGGGCCGCACGGUGCAAGAGCUGCGGCCUCGCGAUCUUCUCACGAUCUCGCGAUCUUCCCCAGAUCUUGGCAUCCCACGAUCUCCCAUCAUCUCUUGCUCUCACGAUCUCAUGAGCUCAUCCUGAUCUCACGAUCUCAUCUCUUUCUGAUCCCGCGGUGGUGGAGAGGGCCCUGCCUGGGCAUGGUGUCGCGUGUGGACGCGGGGUUUAGAACCCCGCCGCUGCUGUUGCUGAUGAUGAUGGUGGUGCCGCUCGCACUGGGCACGUUCACGUAUGUGUACUCGGUGAAGAGGGGGGAGCUGGAGGCCAGACUGGCGCAGCUGCAGCUGGGACUACAGAGCGACGUGGCCUCCCUGCACGCUGACCUCUCAGCUUUGUCGGAAAAGCUGAAGUUCUCUGAAGCUUUGCUGAAGGAAAGGCACCGGUCGCAGCAGCAACUGAAGGAUCGGCGCGGACAGCAGGCGGAGCUGCAGAUCCUUCUGAACGAAACCCUUCCACAAUUGAGACGAGAAAUUCAGGAUCUGCGCGACGAAAGCAAAUCGUUCCGGAGCGCAGUGACGGUGGCCGUGAACGAAGCGGAUCACGAGGUGAGCUUGCUGAAGACCAAGCUGGAGGAUUUACGUGGAAGCAUGCUGAGGAACACCAAGGCCAUCAUUGCGCAGAGUAAAGACGACGCGGUGAGCGAGGAGAAGUGGGCGCUCAGGAAUCUGGACGCCUUGUCAGACCUGAACCUUGAAGUUGCACGACUCAACCAGUCUCAUUGGCAGUUUAAAGUGAGCUUCGAGAGCUUGGAGAAGAAAAUGACGGCCAUGAUUAACCGUUAUCCGGAGAUGGAGGCUCUUGUGAUCGCCGUGGAUGACGUGGCGAAAGAUUUCGAACGCAAAAAGAGGAAAGCUGACGAGCUAGAGUCCUGGCUUGCCCAAACGGAAGCAUUUAUGGCUCGGAUCAACGGCAACUUGGAGCAAAUGCAAAACCUCACAUUCUGACCACGAGUGGUUUCAACAUGCAACACAAAUAGCAAUACAGAUGAAAACUCAUAUCUGAUACAUCAGGAGGCAGGAUCUCAGAGAAGCACAUUUUGUGGAUAAAAUAUUUUGACUUUGGGUAGGAUAAAUGGUGCAUACGGGCUCUGAUAAAUGAAUGGCACCAUUCCCACAUUGCAUUUCACUGCAUCAAAACGCGAUGUUCUUUUUAAAAUACAUAAACAUACGUGGUAAUUUUUUUUGUUAACAAAAAAUAGUCAGUAUUAAUGCGUGACACAGACACCAGUCCCACACUCUCAACAGCUCGCGGCGCUGUGACGUCACUCUGCUGUUGCGUUGUCACAGCACCGGCUUCGUUACGGCCAUCACUCGGUACACUGUCACAGCACCGGCUUCGUUACAGCCACUACUCGGUACAUUGUCACAGCACCGGCUACAUUACAGCCACCACUCGGUACACUGUCACAGCACCGGCUUCGUUACGGCCAUCACUCGGUACACUGUCACAGCACCGGCUUCGUUACAGCCACCACUCGGUACACUGUCACAGCACCGGCUACAUUACAGCCACCACUCGGUACACUGUCACAGCACCGGCUUCGUUACAGCCACCACUCGGUACACUGUCACAGCACCGGCUUCGUUACAGCCACCACUCGAUGCGGUGUCACAGCACCGGCUUCGUUACGACCACCACCAUCAGGGUGGUGGAUUAUUGGGCAAACGCGAGGGAGAUUGUGUGACUGGCUCUCCCGUGGCCUUGGCGCUGUUACUGGUCAUAUCAGGAUUCGAGUUAUUGAUGUCCGUGUCGCCUCGAUGACUGUAGUAGUGUUUUACGGUGACACGAAGACGUGAAGCAUGCGGAGCCACCGCGGGAAGGGGGGUCCGCCGUCUCCCACCCAGGCCGAUGCGCAACACCUCCUCCACACAUGGAACAUUUUAGACACAAAUCCACGUUGGUGCGAUUGUGGCCAUGCAACCCAAACUAUGGACUAUAUUGUCAACUCGUAGAGAUGCAGAGACCUAUAGAGAUGCAUAGAGACGCAUAUAGAUGCAUUAAAGACAAGCAACAGUCCUGCGAUAGUGACCAUGCAACCCAAACUAUAGACCAUAUAGAAAAACACUGUAGUCUAUCCUUCAACGGAGGAGGAAUUGCACAACUUUUCCAAGUCUCCCCUGAAGCCCUUUUUCAGGUCGUGGCUUGCAAACCUCGAAUAGAAAAGUGUUACUCUUUGGUUCUUUCGGUAAAGUCACGUAGUUAAAAAUAAAAUAAAAACAAAUCACGACGUUUUUGCAAAAAAAAUAUUGCUGUGGUUUUCCCACCUCAUGAUGGUUGCUUGUGUUGCAAUCGAAACGUCGUGAUUUUUAAAAUUUUUAUUUCUAACUGCGUGACUUUACCGAAAGAACCAAAGAGUAUGGAUUCCUGCAGUCACGAAAGCUUCAAAUCAAGAUUAGAAAAGUGCUGUUACAGGCACAGAAAUUCCCUUGGUCUUUAUUUUGUUACGUGACACAAGUGAUCCUGCCAUUCCUCAUUGCGAGUUCUCUCGGACACGAGAAUGUGUUAUACCGUAUUCGAGCUUUAUUACUUCAAAUGGUGAAUAUUUGUUUAAAUUUGGCUUGGUGCCUUGUUUGUAUGUUGAACUUCUUUCGCAAUGUCUGUAGCCAACCGCGCUGAUUGAUGGGAUUAAGUGCCUUGUGUCUUUUACAGUGUUUGUCAAGUUUACGAAUACAAAUAAACGUUUGUGCUUUACUCAAA